AUGGAGUGGAACUCGCUGCUGAUGCUGCUGGAGGCCGCCGAGUACCUGGAGCGGCGCGAGCGGGAGGCCGAGCACGGCUACGCCUCCGCGCUGCCCUUCGAGCGGGCCUGCGCCCGGGGGAGGACCGCCGCCAGGAAGGCCCCCAGCAGCCGGUCCUCACAUAAUGAAUUAGAAAAACAUAGGCGAGCGAAACUACGGCUCUAUUUAGAAGAGUUAAAACAGCUGGUCCCUUUAGGAGCCGAGAGCACGAGGCACACCACCCUCAGCCUGCUGAAAAGAGCCAAGGUACACAUCAAGAAAUUGGAAGAACAGGACCGGAAAGCUCUAAACAUUAAAGAACAACUGCAGCGAGAACAUCGGUACCUCAAGCGUCGAUUGGAGCAGCUCUCCGUGCAGGGCCUGGAGCGAGUCCGCACUGACAGCCUCGGAUCAACGAUAUCGACGGAUUCGGAGCAAGAGGUGGACAUUGAAGGCCUGGGCUUCACUCCGGCCGAGAUGGACAGCAGCGGGAGCGGCAGUGACGCAGAAGACAGCUUGCAAGGCAGCUCGAGCGACAGCGGCUACGCCCGGCCCCACAGACGCCACGCCCGGCUCCUGUAG